UAAUAGCUUGCGCAACACACUUUUAUUAACUUACCUUACUUCGCAGGAGUUACGUUAGGGUUUGGUGCUGUGUGCAUGGCUCCCAAUCACAUCUAGGCGAAAUGAACGUCUCCUCACCGGUUAGCCUGCGCCACGAUGCAGCCGGGCGGACAGCGCGUACAACCACCACUAUGCCACCUUAUCACCCUUUGUCCUUUAACGCCGGCGUUCACGUCGUCAACGUUCAACACCUACCUCUAAUUUGUGACCUUCGAGUGCCUUGCGCGCAUAUUCCGAACGAACCGAUCAAGCUACACCAGUCGCGCGUGCCAUGAGAUCGCGCCCGAUGCGCAGCCAUGGCUUUCUUACGCCUCUUAGAGCAUAAACCAGACGGCGCCAUCGUCUUCCACGAAACGACUAGCAGCGAUGUUCCUGCUUACGCAAUACUCUCUCAUACCUGGGGGAAGGAGGAGGUCCUCUUCCAGGAUAUAGAAGCGAACGCGGACAUGAGCAAGACCGUCAGCAAGGCUGGAUGGAGGAAGAUAGAAUUUUGCAUGAAGCAGGCCGCGGCUGAUGGACUGCGAUACUUCUGGAUAGAUACCUGCUGCAUUAACAAGAAGAAUGCGGUCGAACUUAGCGCGGCGAUCAACUCCAUGUUCCGAUGGUAUCAGAACGCCGCGCGCUGCUACGUCUACCUUUCUGAUAUCCCUAAAGCUGACGGCAUGGGCAGAGAAAUAGCAUGGAAAGAUGCGUUCAGGAUGAGUCGAUGGUUCACUCGAGGCUGGACGCUUCAAGAGCUUAUAGCACCAAGGCUGGUAGACUUCUUUAGCUCAGAGGGUGAGCGACUUGGAAGCAAAUUAUUGCUAGAACCUGAAAUACACGAGAUCACUGGAAUUGCGAAGACUGCUCUUCGAGGCGGCGCGUUAUCAAGUUUUAGCAUUCGAGAGCGGAUGGCUUGGGCAGAGCGCCGGAGUACUACAGUUGAAGAGGAUGAAGCCUACUGCUUACUCGGGAUUUUCGAUAUUUCCAUGGCGCUGAUCUAUGGGGAGAGAAAGGAUCAAGCGUUCCAGCGGCUGGAGGAAGAGAUUAAUAAGUUAAACAAGGGUAUUAACUUCGAACAAUAUGCCGUUGGACUUAGUCUUGCGUCAUUUCCCGAAGCUGCGCAAUUUGUGGCCCGAGAGAAAGAGCUAUUAGAGAUGCAUGAGCUACUUCGUGGUCAUGGUCGUACUAGCCGAUCAUCAGUAGUCCUACAUGGGCUCGGAGGAAUUGGAAAGACUCAGCUGGCGAUUGAAUAUAUUAUGAGGCACAAAGAGAAACACACAGCAGUAUUUUGGUUAAAUGCGAACGAUGAAGACUCUCUCCGGCUUAGCUUUUGCGAUAUCGCUCAACAAAUCCUGUCGCAUCAUCCUUCGACGGGAGUACUAUGCAACGUGGACUUGGACGGAAACCUUGAUAGAGUGGUCAGAUCAGUCAAGGCCUGGCUCAAUCUCUGGGACAACACGCGUUGGCUAAUGAUUUAUGAUAAUUACGACAAUCCCCGAACCGCUAACCAUGCCAAACACUCAAUAGUGGAUGUGCGUCGGUACCUGCCAGAAAGCGAUCAGGGCUCAGUAAUCAUUACGACGCGGUCAGCUAGUGUUACGCAGUGGCGGCGUAUUCACGUUCAGAAGCUGACCAGUCUCGAGGACGGACUCAAGAUCUUAUCGAAUAUGUCUCGAAGAGAACACAUUAAUAACGACCCUGAGGCGAGAGCGCUUGUGGCGAAGCUAGAUGGUCUACCACUUGCUCUGUCCACGGCUGGAGCUUAUCUAGAGCACGUGACGACUAGCUUUGCGGAAUAUCUUCGGCUAUACGAGGUGUCUUGGUUGAAACUCCAAAGGACAAGCCCAAAAUUGAAUUCAUACGAAGAUCGCUCACUGUACACGACAUGGCAGAUCACUUUUGAUUUAAUUCAAAAUCAGAAUGCGGCAUCAGCCUGGUUGCUCAAGCUAUGGGCCUACUUUGAUAAGCAAGACGUGUGGUUUGGACUUCUUCAACACGCACACUCUGCAGACAACAAAUGGAUACAAAAGCUCACUGAGGAUGAAAUGAGCUUUAAUGAGGCGGUUCGACUGCUAUGCGAAUAUGGUCUAGCUCAUCCAGAAUCUUCACUUGGACAGCCGUCUGUGUCUAUAGGGUAUGGUAUGCAUAGCUGCGUGCACUCAUGGUCAAUAUCUGUAUUAAACGAUAAGUGGGAUGAGGAACUGGAAAAUUUAGCUCUAACUUGUGUUGCAUCUGAAGUUCCUAGUACAGAUGCAGACAGGUGGUGGCUCCUUCAGCAGCGGCUUCUCCAACAUGCUGCAAGACAUGAACACUCUAUCACCGAUGGCAGGGUGGAUAUCAUAGGAAUCGAGUGGGUACUGCAUAAAAUAGGCGAUCUCUACAAAAACCAAGGCAAGCUGGCGCACGCAGAGGCCAUGUACAGUCGGGCGCUGCAAGGCCGUGAGGAGGCACUCGGACCGAAGCACACUUCGACCCUCAUGACAGUCAACAACCUAGGCAACCUCUACGCCGACCAAGGCAAGCUGGCGGAGGCAGAGGCCAUGUACAGUCGGACGCUGCAAGGCAAAGAGGAGGCACUCGGACCGAAGCACACAUCGACCCUCAGUACGGUCAACAACCUAGGCAACCUCUACGCCGACCAAGGCAAGCUGGCGGAGGCAGAGGCCAUGUAUAGUCGGGCGCUGCAAGGCUACGAGGAGGCGCUUGGCCCAAAACUGCUGAUGUCAUAUUUACCAGCGCUAAAUACAAUGUUUAGCUUUGGUGACCUACUUUCUGCAAUAGGUUGGGAGGAUACAGCGAAGAUUAUGUACACUCGCGCGUUAGAUGGGUAUACAACUAUCCAAGGGCCUUCUUCAAAAUGUUGUAAGCAGCUAAGAGAUCGACUUAAAACGAUGCAAGCUACACCCCUAGAGCCAAAAGACCAAGGUAAGUCUACAGAGGUUAGAGCGAUAAAGUUAAGGUCCCUAAAGCGCAUAAUUCGCAAGUUUAGAAAGUUAGAUUUGUGA